UUGGCAUGUUGACACUUGUCCAAUGACACAAGGGGGGGUAUAUCUCCUCGUACGUUCAGCAUUAUUGCAGCAUUUGUCGAUCAGAAGGCAAGCAGGAAGUAAAGAUGGCGAGUCCUGCGAAAGAUAAAUCAGGGAUCGUUGAAAAGGACAGUACGUCCAGUGGACGUAUCAUUGCAGGUGUCACUCAGAAUGUCACAGAAACGGAUGCCUUUUACGGAGGUUCUAUCUCGUUGGACCCUGCCGAGGAGUACAAGAUGGACCACAAAAAAAGAGGCCUUGUCCUCAUCUUUAAUCAGGAGCACUUCUUUUGGCGUCUUGGGAUGCCUCCAAGGAACGGCACCAAUAUGGAUCGAUACAACUUGGUUAAAAGAUUUGAGGUCAUGAAUUUUGAAGUGAGAGCAUUUGAUAAUCUCAAACUGGAGGAGGUUUGGGACAAGAUAGCUGAAGCUGCUGAGGAUGAUCACACGGACUCUGACUGCUUUGUCUGUAUUUUCCUGAGUCAUGGGGAGAAUGAUCAUGUCUUUGCUUACGAUGGGAAGAUCUGCAUUCAGGAUGUAACAGCACUUUUCAAAGGAAAGAAAUGCCCAAGCCUGGCUGGGAAGCCCAAGAUAUUUAUCUUGCAGGCGUGCCGUGGGGACAAACACGAUGACCCAGUGACCCCCAUGGAUGUGGUGGACCAUGACACUAAGACUAAUAAAGUGGAGGUUGACGCUGGGGUUGUUUACACUCUGCCCUCCGGGGCGGACUUCCUCAUGUGUUACUCAGUGGCAGAGGGAUAUUACUCCCACCGUGAGACAGUAAAUGGCUCGUGGUACAUCCAGGACCUGUGUGAGAUCCUGAAGGAGCAUGGCCAGGCUCUCGAGUUCACUGAGCUUUUGACACUUGUCAACCGCAAGGUGUCCCGGCGCAGUGUUGGCCGAUGUAAUGAUCCCUCUGCCAUUGGAAAGAAGCAGGUGCCCUGUUUUGCCUCAAUGCUCACCAAGAAGCUCUACUUCAGGCCUAAGAGUGAUUAGUGUUUUCAGCCAGCUGUAACACACAGUGGGUUCAUAAUCCUUCCUCAGGUUUUCAUGGCAUCUAUUCUCAGGUCAUGAGUAUCAGCAGCAAAUAAUCAAACAAAAUGGUGCAUAAUGUUGUGACUAACU